AAAAAAAAAUAAUUAAUGCUUCAAAGAGUCAUUAAUUACAAGGCUAUUCGCCAGCGGCAUGCACACGGCGGCGGGCACGGCGCCGCGCCACCCUGCCGGCCGCCAUCUUGCGGCCCGCCCUCCCGCCUGGCGUCUCUCUCGCGGGACCUCGGCUCUCCUUCCUCCUCCUUCUUCCUCCUCCUCUUCCUCUUACACCCGGAAACUGUGGCGGCGAGGGCAGCCGCCGCCACCAUGGAGUACAUGACGGGGCCGGCGGCCCCUACCCAGGGCAAUAUCCUCUGCUGCCAGUGCGGCGUGCCCAUCCCGCCCAACCCGGCCAACAUGUGCGUGGGGUGCCUGCGGGCGCAGGUGGACAUCACCGAGGGCAUCCCCAAGCAGGGCACCCUCCACUUCUGCAGGCAGUGCGAAAGGUAUCUUCAGCCUCCAGGAACUUGGAUUCAGUGUACCUUAGAAUCCAGGGAGCUUCUUGCUUUGUGUCUUAAAAAAAUGAAAGCUUCGCUGAGCAAGGUCCGGCUGAUUGAUGCAGGCUUUAUUUGGACCGAACCACAUUCUAAGAGGCUGAAGCUGAAGCUCACUGUUCAGAAAGAGGUGAUCAAUGGAGCAGUUCUUCAGCAAGUAUUUGUCGUGGAAUAUAUAGUUCAGUCCCAAAUGUGUGAAGACUGUCAUAGGAUCGAAGCUAAGGAUUUCUGGAAAGCUGUAGUGCAAGUCAGACAAAAGACUCUGCACAAGAAGACCUUCUACUAUUUGGAGCAGCUGAUUUUAAAACACAGGCUUCAUCAAAAUACACUUCGCAUCAAAGAAAUCCAUGAUGGCCUGGAUUUUUAUUACUCUUCAAAGCAACAGGCCCAGAAGAUGGUUGACUUUCUUCAGUGUACAGUUCCAUCUAGAUCAAAAUCAUCCCAGCGUUUGAUUUCACAUGAUAUUCAUAGUAAUGUCUACAAUUACAAAAGCACUUUCUCUGUGGAAAUUGUUCCAAUAUGCAAGGACAAUGUUGUGUGUCUGUCACCAAAACUGGCGCAGAGUCUUGGUAACAUGAGCCAGAUUUGUGUGUGCAUUAGAGUAACAAGCACCAUCCACCUCAUCGAUCCUUGCACUCUGCAGAUUGCUGAAAUCGAUGGCAAUACCUACUGGCGCCACCCUUUCAACAGCUUGUUCCAACCCAAACAGCUAGAGGAAUUUAUCAUUAUGGAUAUCAAUAGGGUUCAGGAAAAGAAAAAAAGUGCUGGUGCAGGGGCAAGAUCAAACAAGCACACGCUGGCUGAAGCCUGGGUACGGAAAACCUCAGAGCUGGAUACGGAUCGUCAGUAUUUCUGCUGUACUCACUUGGGGCACAUUCUGAAUCCCGGCGACCUUGUCUUGGGAUUUGACUUGGUGAACUGCAACUUAAAUGACGAGUUUGCCAAUAAGAUGAACCCACACAAUAUUCCCGAUGUGGUUUUAAUAAAGAAGAGCUACGACCGUAGCAAACGCCAGCGUCGCAGAAACUGGAAGCUGAAGGAGCUAGAAAGGGACAAAGAAGGCACGGAUACAGACGACGAAAGACAAUACCAGGACUUCCUUGAAGAUCUCGAAGAAGAUGAAGCCAUAAGGAAGAAUGUGAACAUUUACCGAAAUGCAGAUAUUCCAGUGGAGAGCGACACAGAUGAUGAUGGUCCUCCACGCAUCAGUCUGGCUGAAAUGCUAGAAGAUCUCCAUAUUUCCCAGGAUGCCACUGGGGGGGAGGGAGCAAAUAUGAUGACAGAAUAAUGCAUUAGUCAAUGUAAUAAAUAUUCCCUUAAUGAGGAAAAAGUACCCAAAACAUAAAUAAACAUUACAAACUGAUCAUGUGAACAUGGAAAGUAAUGUGAUCACUACUGUGCACCUAAAUAAUGGUUCUAAAUUAAUAUUUCAUAUGUAAUCUUUUGGAGAAUUGGCAAUUAAAUUAAAUUUCUGGUACAAGCAUUUGUCACAUCCCACUCAAACGAGGGAGACAAGUGUCUUAGAUUCAUAAAUCCCCAGCGGGGUGGACAAGGGUGAGACAAGUCUCAAAGUCCACGCGUGGACAGUUACUGAUUUCCCACGAUGUAUUAACUGGAUACAUGGUAAUUGGCUGAGUAUAUGACAAGUUAUGGCAAGCGAUAUAGUAUGUCUUGUGUUACUUAAUGGUAGUGAGGGAAAAGGGGGAAAAGAAAGGAGAGAGAAUGGAAAAAUAGAGGUCAGUGGUCCAGGUUCAUCAGGGAUGAGUCCAUCUUCACUUCUUCAUGUCUUUUUUCUCUCUGUUUCUCUCUGCCCCCUCUCAAUUCAUACCCACUUUCCUCGGGUCCAUCCCCAAGGUCCCCUACGCAUCCCAUGGGUGGGGAGGGGUAAGGUGCUUCAUGGGCUGAUGGAACGAGCAUGGUCUUGUUAAUCUUCAUUAGCAUAUGGAGGGAUGUCAACUUUAAUAUGCAUUUUGCAGAUAAUGAACCAAGGGCUGUUCACCAGACAGCCCUGGAAACUACACGAUGCCCAGAGCAGAGCUGUCCUGUCUCCACAGGGCCCCAUCCUGUGCCAUCCCAGCAGCCUUAUCGACUCCAAACUCCACGUUAUUCACCCCAUGAUGAGAGUUCUGGUUUUUGCAAGUGUCUGAGCCAUUCCUCAGCUCUGGCAGCCUCCGCUCCUCCCAUCCCUUCCCUCUCUCUCUGGCUGUUUUUCUCAGUCUUUGUUUCUUGCAGGCCUGUUUCUUUCACACCCUGUUUCAAGAAGUUACAAGUCGUCUUUCACAGCAAGUUCCACAAGUUCCCUCCACACCUGAGUGCUCUCUCCUUGCAACUUCUGCGGUGUAAAGACCAGCUGAAUAACUAGAGGUUUAUACACUGGGAGUAAUGGUUGUGUUGUGCUGAAGAGAGUUGCUAAGGAAGGAUAUCCAGAGGGAUUUUGUUGUAGUUUGCUGGAUUUGUAGGUGUAGCCCCUACCUACCGGUUGGUGCCUUCAUGUCUUCACACGAGAAGGAUUUUUCCCGUCUUAAUCUUUUUUUGGUACAGAGGUUUAAAGCUUUCUAUGAUACUGCUAGAUUAUUCCACAUAAUAAUAUUUUGGGGAAGCUCAAGAAUGUAUCUUCUGUUCCUUUGGUGCAGAAACUCCAGAUACACGUGCUUACACAAAAAAACCCUCCCUGUAAGUCGAAGAUGCAGCCCUUGAUCAGAAAGAUUGCAAACUUCUAUUAAAUACAAUGAAUUUUGCAUUGUAGUAUAUUCUGUGCCUGUAUCGGUGGAUUAAAAGCAAUCUGUAUAAUGUCUAAUUAAUGCACCAGAUAGGAACUAUUAAAAAAACGAUUCAGGUAUUUGGGGUCCAUCAUUUUUUUAGUUAACUUUACAAUCCCUUUUCUCUCUCCUGCAAGCUCAAAGAGGACGUUAAGUGGUAUAGGAGGACAUUAUGUACUUAUAUUCACCUGGUCUUAUCUCAGUUCAGUGCACAAAGGUGGUUCAACAGAAGUUUAUGUGCACUUACGUUUGAUUUAACUCAGUAUAAAUAAGGAAACAGUAUAGCAUAGUGAGAGUGGGUUUUGCCACUGCAUUUAUUUUUUUAACUUACGGAAAAAAAGUUCAAAAGGAAUGGCAUAUGUAAAGGAGGGAAAUACUAAUAAUGUGAAGUUGGGAAAAAAAAAAAUGUGUAGGAUAAAUCUGA